AUGAGCAUGCUCGAGCGGAUCGCGGGGUCCAACCGGAUGAGUCGAUAUCUGGAGUUGCCGGCAAGACUACACAUGAGGCCCAAAUCCACACAGAUUAGCGGCGAGGUGGUUGGAGACUCGAUGUUUAGGAGGCAGCGGGAUGUUAUGGAUCAUCUCAUAAGCCCGACCGCCAAACACUUCUCGUUUGACGGAGCCGGCACUGGCAGUGCAGCUCGACCAACGGAAUCGGUGACACCCGAGGACUAUGACGAAGUAGGAUGGGGCGAGAAGAGUCUGCUAGAGCUCUCGGACUCGAUCCGCGCGUGCCUGCGACACGACGGGUCCGGGGGGCCGGACAUCCCGCGCCUGAGCAGCUUCCUGGUGGCGGCGGUGCAGGACGAGGCGCAGUGGGGGCAGCCGACGCUGGACCUGGCGACGAUCGAGCACGCGCGGCUGGACAAGCUGCUGGCGGAGCUGGUGCACUUCGGCGAGUCGCUGCGGGCGAAGAACCCCCACUUCCGGCCCGUGCCGGCCCAGGAGCUGCCGCUGCAGCUCCGCAUCGACGUGUCCAAUGCUAAGAGGCUGCGGCGCCUCUGGCGGCGGCGCUUUCGCGAGCAGUAUUUCAUGAUGGACCAGCACCGCUGCGCCAUCCUCGUCGAGGGCGGCCGCUUGAAGGACGUCUCGUUCGACAACUCGCUCGCGUAUGACCUCGGGAAGUGGCUCACCAAGGUCGGCGAUCCGAUUUCUGAACUCGAGGGGAAUCUGCAGUUCGAUCCGGGACACUGGUGGUUGAACAUCACGUGUGCCGAGCGAGACGGCAUAGUAGCAUCCUCGCUGGAGACGCCGACGAAGGGGCGAUACGGGAUCACGGCCCUCCCUCUCCUGACUGGUCGAGAGGAAAUAAUUCGUCCAAAUGUGUUUAAAUACAUACGCGAGGGCCGAGCCGCAGACAUGCACAACAGUCUGAUCGGGCAGGUAGGCCGACAGAUCCGAGUGCUACGGGGGUACAGGUUGAGGAGCAUUGUGGCACCGCAAGCUGGGAUCCGAUACGAUGGGCUGUUCACCAUCAGACAGUACGGAUACAAGCAGGACAACAAGACCAACGUCUACCGGCUCGAGCUCACGCUGGAGCGCGUGCCCGAGCAGAAGAAGUCGCAGGAGGAGAUCGAGGACAUCCCGCGGCCGUCGCAGCUCGACGACUGGGCCCUGUACGAGAAGCUCGAGGGCGACCAGAUCAAGCUGCUCAAGGGGGAGACGACGUACCUGGGCUGGAAGCUGAGGCGGCAGGAGGAGAAGAUCGAUAGGGAUGAGUGGAGGCGCGCGCAGCUUUUUAGAGCGUCGUUUGAACCUAUUGGGGGGGUGUAG